CUACUGUCUUCCUACUAAAUCCUCCCGACGAUCUGGCCUUAAACCGGUCAACUACAGCCAAACUACGCUUUCAUCCCGCCUCCCUAAUCGUCCCACACGUGUUGCUCUCUUUCUCCAUCCAUUCAGCUCUCACCCACCCCCAUUCCUUUACUUUCUUUCUUGCUGGUCCCUUCGCUGUCAUGGCCCAUUGUCUCUAAUUCUUACUCUCGUUCAUUGACCUUAGGUUUUCCUUUCCCUUUCCCUUUCCCUCUCUCCUGUUUCAUCUCUACUCUACCUUUGCUUCAUCAAGCGCGGGGCUUUUAUCUGAGGGCUCCCUCCUGGAGUUGGAGCAAUCGACUGCCCGGCAUUCGUCAUUUCGUUCGCCCGCAGUAUUUCUGGAUGAUUUAACCUGUCCUUUGUCCAAAUUGUCCUUGGUCCUGUCCCUCCUCGCUCUUUGAUCCCAGCAACCAAGCGCCUCAAUCAUGGCGCCAAACCCCAAAAACACGCUGGAGGUCAACUCCGCGCCGAAGUCGCAGCUACGUUCGUCCAGUCGCUCUCCAGGCCCCAAGAGUCGCAAAAUUGUGACCGUGCGGGCGCCCAGCUAUGCCUCCGAAGGUGUCACGGACAACAAUAUCUUCAAGCUUCCCGCCUCCGAUUACAAGACUUUGGUCGUGGUGACCAUUGUCGCUGCAGUUGUGCGUCUGUUCCGGAUCUACCAGCCUUCCAGCGUUGUCUUUGAUGAAGUCCAUUUCGGUGGCUUCGCCUCCAAGUACAUCAAAGGCCGUUUUUUCAUGGAUGUCCAUCCUCCUCUUGCUAAACUUCUCCUUACAUUGGCUGGCUGGCUUGCGGGCUUUGAUGGCGAGUUCGACUUCAAGGACAUUGGCAAGGACUAUCUCGAGCCUGGGGUGCCUUAUGUCGCAAUGCGGAUGCUUCCGGCGGUUCUGGGUGUCCUGACGGUGCCAUUGAUGUUCUUGACUCUGAAGGCAAGUGGAUGCCGCACCAUCUCGGCCGUCCUGGGCGCUGGUGUGGUCAUCUUCGAGAACGGUCUAAUCACUCAAUCGCGUCUGAUCCUUUUGGAUUCCCCAUUGGUGUUCUUCACGGCGCUUACGGCGCUGUCGUUCACAUGUUUCACGAACCAGCAUGAGAUGGGACUAUCGCAUGCUUUCCGUGGACCCUGGUGGUUCUGGCUGGUCGCGUCUGGUCUGGCCUUGGGUGCUACACUCAGUGUCAAGUGGGUUGGUUUGUUUACUGUCGCUUGGGUUGGAUCGCUUACUGUCCUCCAACUGUGGGUGUUGCUUGGCGAUACGGUCAACGUUACACCUCGCCUUUGGUUCAAGCAUUUCUUUGCCCGCUUUUUCUGCCUCAUCAUCAUUCCUCUGACAUUCUACUGCGGAAUGUUCGCGAUCCACUUCUUGUGUUUGGUUAACCCCGGAGACGGAGAUGGAUUCAUGUCCUCCGAAUUCCAGGCAACCUUGAACUCGAAAUCCAUGCAGGACGUGCCUGCAGAUGUUGUCUUCGGCUCCCGUGUCUCCAUUCGCCAUCUCAACACUCAAGGAGGCUACCUUCACUCCCACAAUCACAUGUACCCCACGGGAAGCAAGCAGCAACAGAUCACUCUUUACCCUCACAAGGACGAAAACAACGUCUUUGUUCUCGAGAACCAGACCCAGCCGUUGGGUCCUUUCGGAACCGUGGAGGGUCCUCUGGCGUGGGAUAACAUCACCGCUGAAUACAUCGAAGAUGGCGCUACUAUCAAGCUGAACCACCUGAUCACGCGCCGCCGAGUCCAUUCACACGACGAGCGUCCCCCUGUGACCGACGUCGACUGGCAGUUUGAGGUUUCUGCGUACGGAUAUGACGGCUUCCCGGGCGAUGCAAACGAUCUCUUCCGUGUCGAAAUUGUUAAGUCCAUGUCCGAUGGUGAAGAGGCCAAGAAGCGGCUACGGACCAUUCAAACCAAAUUCCGCCUCGUCCACGUCAUGACCAACUGCGUUUUGUUCUCCCACAAGGUCAAGCUUCCCGAAUGGGGCUUUGAGCAACAGGAAGUUACCUGUGCCAGAGGAGCUACGCUGCCCAACAGUGUGUGGUACAUUGAAUCUAACAGCCAUCCGAUGCUGGCUGAAGAUGCGGAGAAGGUCAAUUACAAGAACCCUGGUUUCUUCGGUAAAUUCUUCGAGCUGCAGAAGGUCAUGUGGGUUACGAAUGCUGGUCUCACGGAAUCCCACGCAUGGGAUUCUCGUCCGCCAUCGUGGCCCACCCUACUCCGUGGUAUCAACUUCUGGGGUAAAGACCACCGCCAAGUCUACCUUCUUGGUAACCCAUUCAUCUGGUGGUCGUCAACUGUGGCUAUCGCUGUCUACCUUGUCUUCAAGGGCAUCUCUGCCCUCCGUUGGCAGCGUAGCUGCGGCGAUUAUCGCAAUGUUAACUUCAAGCGUUUCGACUACGAGAUUGGCACCACUGUUCUUGGCUGGGCUUUCCACUACUUCCCCUUCUAUCUUAUGGCUCGGCAGCUCUUCCUGCACCACUAUUUCCCGGCCUUGUACUUUGCGAUCAUGGCACUUUGCCAGGAAUUCGACUUCCUCGCCAAUCGUAUUAGAAUGCUUGGCUUGCCGUCUAAGCCUUUGAUCGGCAAGAUUAUGGCCGGCUUCUUCCUUGCCGCGAGCAUUUUCACCUUCAUCAUCUAUUCGCCCUUGGUCUAUGGCAACCCCUGGACUCAGGAGGCUUGCAGACAAGUGAAGCUCCUGGAUACAUGGGACUUCGACUGCAACACCUUCUACACUGAUCUUAGCCAUUACGUGACUCAGUUCGUGGAUAGCAACGCAAACGCGGCUAUCCCCCCUACGGAGACGUCUGUCCCACAAGUCCCUCCCGUAGUGGCACCGCCUCAAGAUGAGCCUCAACAGCAUGCCCAGGAAGUUCUUCAGGAGGAGCCCCAGGAGCCGGCGGUCACGCCCCGGGCCCGGCAUAGUACCAAGGCACGGGUCGAAUAUCGCGAUCAAAAUGGCAACAUCCUGGACGAUGAGGUCGUUGCCUCGUUGAGGAAGGAGGGCAAGGUGUCCUUCGAGACCCGGCACGAAACCUCAACCCGCCUGGAAAAGGGUCACCUCGUCGAUAUGGUGGACGGUGAGAUCGAAUUUGCUCCACCACACCCUGACGUUGAGGGCCAGAAUCCCGAAACUGUCCAGAGACAUCAGCCCCAAGAUGUGGAGGAUGGCCCGGCUUCAGCAGCCGGCCACGGUAGCUCCAAGGAGCAGCAGAGUUCCGCGGACCCCAAGCCGGCCAGUGAGGCCAAUGAGGCGACCAAAGCUUGAACGAAAUAGACAUGGAGUAUUCAGUUGGGGUUGUCUGUACUUCCAUUCGAUCUUUAGCUCUGCUUAUUUAUUCUCCCUGUACUUCUUUUGCAGCCGUAAUUUUUGCCUCAUUGGACUAACGAAAUGUGACAUCUGUACAUGAAUACCUGUUCGCGAAGAUCAAUGGAUUACUCUAC